UCUGUGAGCUCGGAUGAAAAAUAAAAAGAUCCCAGCACAAAAACACAUCUCCAAACCCUUACCAUCUCGGUCUGUUUCUAUCUCCCUCUCUCUCUCUCCUCCCUCCAUUCUCCCUCUCCCUCUCUGCAUCUGUUCUCUGCAAUUCCUCAAACCCUAGAAAUCGUUUUCUGCACACAAGAUUGAUUCUCUCCGAGGUCCGCAACUAUUUGAUUCCGUCUUUCUCUCUCUCUCUCUCUCUCUCCCGCUCUCUGAGUGUUGUCAUUUGAGCGCCGUGUUCGCGUUCUCUUCUCGAUCUUUGCCUCGAAUUUUCUCGGAAGUAGGCGCCAGACAGCGAUGGUUGACGGAAAGCUUGAUCUGCCUGAAGAUCUCCUCUCCUCUCAGACGAUUGAUGAACACUGCUCUGUUAAAGAUGAGUCUUGGGAAGGAAAUGGUGAGGAGAAGGUGCUUAUGGGGUUAGCUGAUGAGACAAAAGAUCAAGUAAACUCAGAAAGUAGCAUACCUCUGUCUCCUCAGUGGCUGUAUUCUAAAUCAACGGAUGCAAAGAUGUUAACGACUGGACCAUCCGGGAAAAUGCGAGCACCCAAUCCUUUGCCCCAAGGUAACUCAACGGACCAAAACCUGAAGGACUCUUGGCGUUUAGAUGGAGCUCAAGACAAGAAAGAAUGGAGGAAGAGUGCCAUCGACCUUGAAAGCAGUCGCCGUUGGCGCGAAGAGGAGAGAGAAACAGGCUUACUUGGUAGAAGAGACCGCAGAAAAGAAGAUCGGCGUGCUGAUGUUUCUAUUAGGGAUGCUUCUGAAGGUAGACCUUUACCUUCUUCAGAUCGUUGGGAUACCAAUACUCGUAGUUCUGGUAUUGAAACCAGAAGAGAUAACAAGUGGUCUACGAGGUGGGGUCCUGAAGAUAAAGAAAAGGAUACUCGAGCUGAGAAGAGAAUGGAUACUGAAAAGGAAGAUGCUCACACUGAAAAACAAUUGUUUGUAACUGGCAACCGCCCAGCUGCUGAUCGUGAUACUGAUACUCGCGAUAAGUGGAGACCACGCCAUCGUAUGGAAGUUAAUGCUGGUGGAUCUGCCCCAUAUCGCCCUCCACCUGGACUUGGGCUGGAGAAGGGAAGAAUGGAGGGCUCAAGUUUCCGGUUUGCUCCUGGCCGAGGAAGAUCUAAUAGUAGCAUUAAUGGAAGUUUUCAGAUUGGAAGGCCUCCCACUACAUCUGCUAUUGGAUUUGCAUCUGUUGAUAGGAAUGGCAGUACGUUUUUAAAAUUUGGUCAACCUACUGGUUUAUAUCGCUACCCAAGAGGAAAACUUCUUGACAUUUAUCGCAAGCAAAAAACUUCUCCAAAUUUUGGUACUGUACCCGAUAUGGACGAUAUAUCACCAAUAACACAAAUAGGUGCUAUUGAGCCCUUAGCAUUUGUUGCUCCUGAUGCAGAGGAGGAGACUGUCAUUGAGGAUAUGUGGAAAGGAAGAAUCAUCGGGCGUGGAGGGUCACCGAAUUUGUUUCUAGACAGAAAUUCCGGACUAAGUAAUGGUACAAUAGGUUUGUCAUGUUCAGGAUAUGGUGAUAUGACCUUUACUGAGGGGGAAUACAGUUCUUCAGUUGACAAAGAAGAAAUGAUUGAAAUCUCCGAGAUGGUUGCUAAAAAUAACUCUAAUCAAGUUUAUGGUGGUGAGGCAGAUGCUGCUUUGGAUCAGGAGAUAGUUACCAGCUGGGAAAGGGACACGUCUGGAUAUGCUGACAAAGACCCAAAAUGUGCUGAUGUUGCUGCAGCCAAGGCCUCAAUGCUAGCAGGUUUGAAGUUAUACAUUUCAAGCAGUGGCAAUGAGGUUAACCUUGCAAGAAUAAUGUUAGUGAACCAAAAUCUUUUGAGAACCAAGAAGUUGUUGAUUUGGUUUCUAAACAUUCUAAGUUUGAAGUUAGUAAGGCAUCUACUUCAGAAGUUUGCAUCAAGGUUCCUGAAGUUCAAGUUCCGUAUUUGAUUAUACAUCACAGGAACAAAAUCUAAGCAACAAGCUCCUCCCUCUGGAGAUUGAGAGAACAUAAAUACUCCAGAAACUGUUAUCCAUCCCGAGGAUUUAAGUUUUUGUUAUCUUGACCCACAGGGUGGUAAUUCAGGGGCCCUAUCAGGGGAGGGAUAUCAUUGCAUGGUUUGAGCAAGGUUUCUUUGGAACUGACUUACCUAUUCGAUUAUCAGAUGCUCUGAUGGAUCACAUUUAAGGAACUUGGGGA